GGAUGGCUUACCCACUAAGGUUAGUCUAGUUUAGUCUAAUCCACAUCGCCGAGUGGGUCCAUCGUGCCUUGGUGCAGUCGAGGAGUCGGAUCGGGUAGGUAUGAUUCUCAGUUUGCUCCUGAUUUCAGUGGCAACCAUCGUCAGACUCCAUCCAUACCACCAGACCGAUAACUUCUGGAUACAUUGCUCAUUCUACCUGGUACCGCUUGUUAGUAGUUACCUACAGGCGGCGCAAGGAUCGAUCGGUCGUGACCAAUGGACAGCUUGUUGUGAUGCUGAACAAAUGCGAUUUGUCAUCUCGCCUACAUCAUUAGCACCACUCAUUUGCUACACCACUCAUUGAGAUUAGCAACUGUGGGCAAUCUUGCUGUGCAGGUGAAUACCCGGGUGGUCUAUUACAAACCGCCUUUUCCAAACGAUCAUAUGUCAAGUUUGGAAGGCCAGCCCUUGCUGUACCCAUGGCAUCCCGCUCAAGCCGAGCAG